AUUGUUUAUAUGCCAUAAUGAUUUUCACAUACAACAUCUAAGGACGAUAUGGUCAAUUUAUGUUACUAAUUGUUGCAAGAUGGUUGGUCAUCAUCAAAACUAUAUAGAGGAAAAAAAAAUAUGAACCUAACAGAACAAGAAGAAGAAGAAUAGCGGGCAUUUAGUAGCAACAAUGGCGAAGGAGAGUUGCAGAUGCUCGUUGGUCCCAUGUAUAAAUUCAGCAGCAUUAUUUUCACUCUCAAGGAAGCAGCAGAAGAAGAAGAAGAAGAAGAAGGAGCUGAGGAUGGAAGGUGACAUAGCUAAGAAAUGGAAGCAGCUGAGUGGAGAAGAUCACUGGAAGGGUAUCCUUGACCCUCUAGACAUUGAUCUUCGGCGUUACAUCAUACACUACGGUGAAAUGGCGCAAUCCACUUACGACGCUUUCAUCUCUCAGAAACAAUCCAAGUACGCAGGGAGCAGCAAAUUCGGAAAGAAAGAAUUUUUCUCCAAGGUGUAUUUGGAGAAUGGGAACCCCUUCAAGUAUUUAAUCACCAAGUUCUUGUACGCAACCGCCGAUGUGAAUCUACCUGAAGCCUUCAUUGUGAAGUCCUUGUCGAGGGAAGCUUGGAGCAAAGAAUCGAAUUGGAUUGGGUACAUUGCGGUGGCCACUGAUGAAGGAAAAGCGGGGCUGGGAAGAAGGGACAUCGUUGUUGCAUGGAGAGGAACCAUUCAGAGUCUAGAGUGGGUUGAUGAUUUGCAGUUUGCUUUGGUUCCUGCACCUAAAAUUUUUGGUGACAAGAGUGAUGUUAAGAUUCACCAGGGUUGGUACUCUAUUUACACUUCUCAAGAUCCUCGUUCUCCCUUCAAUAAAAUCAGUGCCAGAGACCAGGUGCUAAGUGAGGUGAAAAGGCUGGUAGAGGAAUACAAGGAGGAAGAAAUAAGCAUAACCGUAACAGGGCACAGCUUAGGUGGUGCAACGGCAACCCUGAGCGCAUUGGACAUUGUUACAAAUGGAUACAAUAAAAACGCUUCAGUGACAGCAAUUGUAUUUGCAUGUCCAAGAGUUGGUGACCCCAGUUUCCAGAAGCUCUUCAACAAUUGCAAAGAACUAAGAACCCUUCGCAUUCGAAACGAGCUAGACAUUGUUCCAAACUACCCCCUUGUCGGGUAUUCCGAUGUUGGGGAAGAGCUGACAAUUGAUACGAGGAAAUCUAAGUACUUAAGGAGUCCUGGGAACCCGUCCACGUGGCAUAAUUUGGAGGGUUACUUGCAUGGAGUGGCAGGAAGUCAUGGCAAAGGAGCUUUUAAACUUGAGGUUAAGCGUGACAUUGCGCUUGUGAAUAAGAGUGUGGAUGGUCUUAAAGAUGAGUACCUUGUUCCUCCUUCAUGGCGGGUUCAGAACAAUAAGGGUAUGGUUCAACAAUCUGACGGUUCAUGGCUGCUUAUGGAUCGUGAGCAUGAUGACUUUUGAUCAUGCAUUUCUGCUACCCUUUCAUGUCUCUCUCCGAUAUGCAAAUCAAAUAUUUAAUUUUUUUUCUUC